GCGCCGAGCGUACGGUCGUCGCUACCAAUAGAAUAUACAACACCCCCCCCAACACGUCCCACCUCGUCCGCAACCACAACCGCGCAGCAGACAUGUCACAGAGCACAACGAACUAUGUCUAUGCGGAUGGCAAUGGAGCUACGGCAACGAGACGAAAUGUAGCCAUUGUGGGAGCCGGUCCGGUGGGUUCAUUGGCCGCUUUGAACUUUGCGCGCAUGGGUCACGAGGUGCAGCUGUACGAGUACCGCGAGGACAUUCGCAAGGCGCAGCUGGUGCAGGGGCGCAGCAUCAAUUUGGCGCUGUCGCAGCGCGGACGCAAGGCCUUGGCUGCCGUGGGCCUGGAGCAGCAGGUGCUUGCCACAGCGAUACCCAUGCGCGGCCGCAUGCUGCACAGCGUCAAAGGACGCACGAGCAUUGUGCUGUACGAUCCGUGCAACAAUCAGUGCCUGUACUCGGUGGGUCGGAAGCGGCUGAACGAGCUGCUGCUGGAUGCCUGCGAUGCGUUUCCCAACAUCCACUGCCAUUUCGAGCAUAAGCUGGUCAAGGCCAAUGUCAGGGAAGGCCGCUUGCAGUUCAGGCUGGGAAGGGAGAAGCAGAAGAAGAAGGAGCAGGAUUCUGAACCGGAGCAGGAGCAGCUGAUCUCCGCCAGCGCAGAUUUAAUUGUGGGCUGUGAUGGCGCCUUCAGUGCGCUGCGGCAGCAGCUCGUGCGUCAGCCUGGCUUCAAUUACUCGCAGGAGUACAUCGGCACGGGCUACCUGGAGCUCUGCAUACCGGCCAAGGACAAUGAGUUUCAAAUGCCACCGAAUUACUUGCACAUCUGGCCGCGAGAUUCCUUCAUGAUGAUCGCUUUGCCCAAUCAGGAUAAAUCAUUCACAGUUACCCUGUCGAUGCCCUUCGAAGUGUUUGAGCAGCUGAAGACACAGCAGCAGCUGCUAGACUUCUUUCGCACUCACUAUGCGGACGCACUGCCUCUGAUUGGCGAGCAGCAGCUGAUCAAGGACUUCUUCAAGUCACGCCCACAGCACUUGAUGUCCGUCAAGUGCAAGCCGUAUCACUAUAUGGACAAAGCCCUGAUUCUAGGCGAUGCAGCACAUGCUAUGGUGCCCUACUAUGGCCAGGGCUUGAAUGCGGGCAUGGAGGAUCUGACACUGCUCAACUUCAUACUGAAUCAGCAGCUUCCGCUGGAUGUGGCACUGGAAAAGUUUACCGAAUCUCGCUGGCGCGAUGCCCAUGCCAUCUGUGAUCUGGCCAUGUAUAACUAUGUGGAGAUGCGUGAUCUAACCAAGCGCUGGUCGUUUCGCUGUCGCAAGUGGCUGGACACAACGCUGUUUCGCCUCUUUCCCAAUCAAUGGGUGCCGCUCUACAAUAGCGUCUCCUUCACCAGCAUGCCCUACAGUCAGUGCAUUGCGAAUCGUCAGUGGCAGGACCAGUUGCUGCGUAAAGUUCUGAGUGGCACGAUCGUGUUGAGCUCUUUAGUGGCUGUUGGCGCCAUCUAUGUGAGACGGUUUCGCUGAGCGUUUCAGAUAAUCAACUUUGG